UGGUCUUAUAAGUGACGGUUAACAUAAUUUCCGAUGUUGUCAUCAACAAAUUAAAACCCCUUCCUAUUUAAAAUUACUCCAAUGUUAAAGUACAAUAGCAUUAACACUAUCAUUACAGGGUCCCUAUUAGAAAGGGAAUAUUGUAUUGACCGUCCAAUAAUAAACUGGGCCUCUCCCUUUUUCUCUUUUCUUGGACUAUGGCAUUUAGACAAUCUCCUCUAUCAAAAUUGGUUAUAGUUGAUGUUAUUCGUGCUAUUGUUUUAAGACCGAUAUCCACCAACACUCUACAUACAUUACCUACAAACUCAACAUGGAAACAUACUAGUAGUAACUUCUUUAACAGAUUUAAUAAACAUGAAGCUCAUAGGUUUUUUUCAACACAAAAGUCAAAACCUACAUUCUUCGAUGCACAAAAAUCCUCACCUAAUUUAAAAACAACAGAAACUGAGAGUAAUGAGGUUAAAAGAAAAGAGAAAUAUCAUUAUUUUAUGACAAAACAUUAUCAUGGCCAGAUGAAUAAACUUGUAAAAGGAUAUACACUAAAGCAUAAGAAGCCGAGGCCGACAACAGUUUUUGAAUACAAUAAACUAAUUAUGUUUGCAAUUUUAGAAAGUCGCUUUAAUAAAGCAAUUAAUAUUUUUCGUGAAAUGGAGAAUGAAAGACUCAAACCCGACAUUAAGUCCUAUACCAUGAUCAUCGAUGAAUAUGUAAAAAGAUCCGAUAACGAAAAGGCAAGAAAAUGGGUGAAUCGUAUGUUAAGACAAAAAAUUGAACCUGAUGCUUAUAUUUAUACCACACUCAUUGACGGCUACAUGCAACAGGCUAACAUUGAUGACACUGAAGCCAUCUUUAGAUUGAUGAUGAAGAGAAAGAUUCAACCCACCCUUGUUACAUACAAUGUUUUAAUGCACCAUUCUGUUAGACAACUGAAUAUGGAAUCCGCAUUGAAAUUUUGGGGAAAUUUAUUAGAUGCAGGCUUAAAACCUGAUGUUUAUACAUUUGCCAUCAUGUUGCAUGGAUUAGGAGAUGAAGGGCGACUGAAGGAAGCUUGGGAUGUUUAUAAAAAGAUGCAAGAUGAGAAUGUUAAUGUCAAUGAAGUUAUAGUAACAACUUUGAUGGGAAUGCAUGUGAAGCAACAUGAUAAUGAAUUUGCUAUUCAGCUAUAUAACAAAUUUUUCAAUUCUAAAGAAAGCUCUUUAAAGGCAACACUACAUACUCGUAAUGUAUUAUUAAACGCUUUAAUCGCAAAUGCAGAUGUUGACACAAUUAAAAAAUAUUAUCAUUAUUAUCAAGCCAGUAUAAAAAAUAAGCAAAAAUCAUCCCUUUUUAUUAGUGCAAAUGUAGUCACUUAUACCACUUUUAUGCGUGCUUUCCUUCGUCGUAGCGCUUUACCUAUGGUUAGUCAAGUAUAUGAAGAUAUGACAGCACAGAAAAUUCAACCAACACUAGUGACAUAUGCUACCUUAAUGCUUGCUCACGCUUAUGUACCUGACCCCGAAACCUGUAAUCGUAUCUUGGAAGAAUUGAGAAAUAGCAACAUUGAAUUAAAUGCAAUCAUAUAUACAAUUGUCAUGAGAGCUUGGGCUAAAUCAGGUCGUUGGAAAAGAGUUGAAGAUACAUACGCAUUAAUGCAGCAGGAUAAUAUAAAACCAACAGAACUAACAAUGGAAGUAUUAAAGUAUAGUAAACUUAGAAAUUUCGAUUAAAUCUAUUUGUACAUAAUAAAUAUAAAAUUGUAG